AUUGAAUUCUACAAUAUCUUACCAAAUCAGCAAAAGAAAAGGGUCAUCAGUUUUACUGGCUCUUUGAAAAUACCUCCUCUAUGGAAUUACAAACCAAAGAACAAAUAUCGAGGGUUUUGCAGUGCUCACCUGUAGUCCGGUGUGCUUCUCAAUAUGUAGGUAUGAAAAGAAGGCGGCUUUUUUGGGGAAAUUUCCCACCACAAAGCAUUGCAGAAAGCUACAGUGACGGCAUAGACCUACAGUAUUUCCUAAAGCCGUAUAGAGAAGCAACUAUUCAUCACUUGCCUACUAUAACAACAAACUCCCAUUCUCAGAGAAGUGGGAAACAACAAUGUCUUCCAGUAACAGAGGAGGGCAUUCCGUCACAUCUGUAUAUUACAGAACAAGAAGAGUUGUUUGGUUUUCCUCCACAUUACACUGACGGACCUAAUCUUUCUGUAACAGAUAGAAGGAAGCUUCUUGGAAAAUCUUGGUGUGUACCGGUUCUUUGA